CUCUUCAUUCUCUCCUCGUCAGCCAUGUUCACCUGUCUCCUCUCCUCUCUUCCUUCCUUCCUCUCCCUCUCUCCCUCCUCCUCCUCCUCCUUCUCUCCACCCUUCCUCCUCGUCCUCUUCGUCACCACGGCCGUCGUCCUGUUCCUGAUCACACGUCGCUCCGUGCCUGAAGCCAAACCUCCGUCCUGUCCUCCCCCGGCUCGGGACUCCAUCCCCUGCCUGCCUCGGCUCCCCGUCCUGGGCAGCCUCCCCUGGCUGGGAGGAGGAGGCCUCCCCCCACACCUCCUCUUCUCCCAGCUCGCCCGAAGGUACGGGUCUCUGUUUGCCCUCCACCUCGGCCCUCACUACACCGUGGUGAUUAACGACCAUCAACACGCCAGAGAGGUGCUGCUGCAGAGAGGGAGGGACUUCGCAGGACGACCGAGCAUGGUGACCACCAACCUGUUGACCAGAGGAGGUAAAGACAUCGCAUUCGCCGACUACUCUCCUCUCUGGAAGUUACACCGCCGCCUCGUCCACAACUCCUUCACCCUGUUUGGAGAGGGAACCAGUCGACUGCAGGAUAUCGUUCUGUCCUCGGUGGACAGCCUGUGUGUCGAGUUGUUGUCCGGGGGGAAGCGUGGCUUCGACCCGUCUCCCGCGGUGACCAGGGCCGUCACCAAUGUUGUGUGCACACUGGUGUUCAGUUCCACCUAUCGCCAUGGCGACGCAGAGCUGCAAGAGGUGAUCCGAUACAACGAUGGCAUCGUGCAGACGAUCGCCAGGGGAGGACUGGUGGACAUUUACCCCUGGAUGAAGGUCUUUCCUAACAAGUCUCUGAGUAAACUGAAGGACUGUAUCACUGUCAGAGACCGACUGCUGACGUGCAAACUGGAGGAGCACAAGGCAUCACUGAGUGACGGUGAGCCCCGAGACCUCCUGGAUGCCUUGCUGAAGGGCCAGACAGGCAGCGGGCGGGGUCAAAGGUCAUCUGGAUCAGAGGAUGAGGGGAUAACGGACGACCACGUCCUGAUGACAGCGGCUGAGGCAUUUGGAGCCGGAGUAGAGACGACGUCCACCACACUGCUGUGGAUCCUGGCGUACCUGCUGCACCACCCUGAGGUCCAGGAUCGCGUGCAGAAGGAGCUGGACGAGCACGUUGGCAGCGAGCGAGCAGUCUGCAUGUCGGACCGCGGCCGGUUGCCGUACCUGGAUUGUGUCAUCAACGAGGGCAUGAGGAUCCGACCGGUCAGCCCCGUACUGAUCCCACACACUGCCAUGACCCACAGCAGUAUUGGAGGUCACUCUGUAAGUCGUGGGACUCGUGUUUUGGUCAACAUGUGGUCGAUUCACCACGACCCCCGACACUGGGAUAAACCCGACCUUUUCAACCCAGAUCGUUUCCUUGACGAUCGGGGCCAGCGAGUCACACCCCCCUUCUUUCUGCCGUUCGGGGCGGGACCUCGAGUCUGUGUCGGUGAAUCAUUGGCCAGGCUGGAGCUCUUUCUCUUCUUGUCCUCACUUCUCCAGCGAAUGAGCUUCAGGCUGCCAGACGGGGCCCCCCCGCCCAACCUGCAGGGGCGGCUAGGUGUGGUCUUGCAGCCAUUACCUUAUACCGUUGUUGUCACUCCAAGGGCGGGGUGGGAGAGCGAAGCAAAAUAAAAAAGGACGGGGUAAAAAUCAAAAUAAAUGUCAGAGAAAGAAACAUUACGCUAAAAUUUUUGUCACUUUGUUAAAAUUUUGCAGAAGUAAAUAUUAAAACACUCCUGUGACAAUAAAGUGAAAGAAAUCAAAAAUUUAAAUAUCAUCAUAGUUUUCCACCAUUAAAGUAGUUUAUAAUAGGUUGUAAUAAUUAGGACUUCAAAUGUUUGUGAGCCUCAUUCUUUAAAGUGAAGUAAAUAAAAUUUUGCCACAGAUGUACAAAGUUACCAAAAUUACUUCUAUAAAAUCUUUACUAUUCAGUGUAAACACCAUUUUUCGGAUUAGAUAAUAUCGAUUACUACACAACAUUGUAAAUCUGAACUACUUGAUUACAUAAAAAAAGCUAAUACUAAUCUAACUGCUCCAACUAAACCAACACUGUGCUAUAGCAGCUACCUGCUAAUGCUAUGCUUGACUAAUUUCAAAAGCUGAUUAAAGUACAAUUGGAAAAAAAUCAAAGUAUAAUUAAACCGAGCUUUAAAAAUGAAAGCCACUUAAUGUUUAAUGAAUAAAAGAGGAUGUUUUUAUUCCCUCUGAAAUUGUUAUUCAAAAUAAACAUUUCUAAUUAAAAAUUAAUUAUGAUUGAUUUGACAGAGCUCGAGUGUGGCCCAGGCAGACUGUAAUUUGACAUUAUCAUUGUGUUUUAAUCAAUAAAUAAAGAUUGAUCUUCAGUAUGGUGAUGGUGUAUUGGAUGAAUGCAGACAGACAGGUGGUAGAUUUGACAAGUUUAUUCAGUAUAUCUUCACACAUUGUUAGAACAGGCUGGUUUAGUUAGGUCACACACAUACGUACAUCCACACAUACACACUCACUAUUAAUUAGAUAAUACUAAUAAUUAGCAUCGUUAUCAUCGUAAUAUUAAGGGAUUUUAAAGACUGAUCUUUUCUCUGCUUCCUUCGACUCCUCCGACAGAAACCUCAUGCAAAAAGGAAGGACAGAAGAGAAGAGAUAACGAGAAAACAUUCUUUAGACAGAGGGAGGGGCUCCUACGAGAGAAGGAACAUACUUUAAGUUUUAGUAAAUUAAAUCAUUUUGUCAAACAACACUGGUGGCGCUGCUUCAAAUCUCCUCAUAGAACAAGUGAAAGUUGAUCAAAGGGUCCAAAAUGGUAAAAAAUUGAAUGAGGCCAAAAGUCAGAGUUGUCAAAAACGUUGACUGGGUUCACGUUUCAGGGUCAGUGCAGGUUUUACAGGACAGAACUCUGAAUGACUGGUUACCCAGAUUAGACUGAUGUGACAAUAUCUAGGAAUCUCAAAAAAAACUUUAGUUGUUUCAGCUUCUGUUGAAACUUGAAGCUUUAACCUUUAUUUUGUUGGGCUUCUGAAUCAAAGUGGGUUUUUUCAUAUUAAUGGAACCACCUCAUCCUCACCUUUCACCGUCUCCUCAGCCCUCUCUCUCAGAACUAAGGUUCACAUGAUGCCCAAACUGAUGAUGUUGACAGCUUCUAAAAAAAACACCUUUUCGGAUCUCUCCGAACAGCUCUUGCAGCGUGUUCUAAUGAUGGAUUUCCAUUUAUAGCCUGGAUACCUGCAAAGUGAUGCACCAUUAGCAACCAUAAUCAGAACUUGUGAUGCUGUUAUUUCCACAUAAGCUGUUGCUUUUCACCUGCCGAUGAUAAUGUGUCUGAAAUUCACCCAAGGUGCACUAAAUACCUGCCGCCUCCACCUCUUCUUCUACUCAGCUGACUUGUAUAUUUCCUCCCAUCCCUCCCCAACAAUCUGAUGACUGCAUUGCAGAAAAAUGCCCAGAUGUAGUCUUCAGUCACUGACCUUUGUGACUAAGUUAGCAUACUGCUUCACAGUACAAUCAGAUCACCAAUGGGGGGUAGAUAUCGGGGUGAGAAGACAAGGACAUAAUUUGAGUUACCACAGAGUUGAAGGUGGGAUCACCCAUUAUGAAUGUUGAGCCGAGGCAUCAAGUUGGACUGAAUCUGUUCCAGUCUGGGUCAGUAAGUGUUGACAGUCGGAUGAUAAAGUGUGUGAUACGUAAAGAUAUUAAUCUUGAGUCUUUUAGAUGCAGAUCCAGAAUAUUCUUAUAUAAUUCUAUUUCCAAGUGAUGAAGUAGAAUAUUUGCAGUUUUCAUGAACACUUAUUCAAGCACUUGAAGAUCCAGUCACCACUAAAGUGUCAAACACUGUCAACUCAUGCAUUGAGAAACACGCAAGAAAACAUUCCACCGUAAAAGUUGACAGUAACAACAAUGUAAAAUAAAUUAUUUCUACCUAGCUAUACUGGAGGGAACCUUGACUAGUGGAGCUGAUCACCGGUAGAGGUUGAUAAACUAAACUUUAUUUGCAGCCAAAGUUUCUAAAGAAGUCUGAAACCUUUACUUUAAGAAUUUCAAAGGUAAUCUGAGGACUAAAGGUAGUCAAAUAAUCAAUUAUAGCUUUUAAGCAAUCAUACUGGGGUCAAUUUUGGGUUGAAACCAAAUCUGACCUGUCAGUGUGAAUCCAGUCAGUGUGAAACUCCGAGAGAGGACUGUUGUUCAAUGUUUUCGUCCACCGACAUUUAAUGAAAAACU